AUGAAGCUCCUCGCCUUCCUCCCUCUCGCCAGCGCGAGCAUUGUGAUCCUCCCAGGCGGCUCCCCCCUCCCCUACCGCCCCUCCACCAACAUUACCCUCUCCUCCGCCUCGGACCUCCUCCGCCAAUCCGCCCCAAACGAAUUCCCCAACUCCACCGUACAACUCCUCCUGUCAGCCUACUCCGGCACCCUCGACCCCGCCGCCGCAUCAACAAACUUCUCCUCCCACCUCCCCUCGGGCGACUCUUUUGUCAGGAGCGCAAUCCAAGCGUGGGGCGAACACCUCCACCUCGUCCUCCGGCCGGACGAAAUCUGGUUCACCAUCUUGACCCAAAUGAACUUUUACAUGGAAACCCACGCCGAAGCCGUCCGCCACCUGUUUGUCAAGCACCAGGGUCAGGAGGUCAUCUUUAUUGAGGAUCACACCUGGACCGACGUCCUCUGGCGAUUCAAAGAAGAGAUUCAGAAGCGGGUGCUGACGCCCUGGUUGGAGGAGUGGAUCGUCCCUGGGUUUUCGACCACGACGGACAACGAUGUUAUGACGUCCACCAUUCUGAUGAUGGGGCUCGUCAAGGCUUACUUUCGCUACGAGGGCGGGAUUAUCUGCGGGCUUCCGUCUGUCACACUGGAGGGGACGAGGGAGGAUUGGGUCAAGUUGGAGAAGAAACUGGAAAGGCUGGAGUUUUUCGGGGAGGAGCCGAAGGAGUAUAAACGCCGGUUGGCACCGAUUUUCAAGAGGUUUGUCAAAUCCUGGGAUGAGCCUGACUCGGCCGAGACGAAGAGGUUUUGGAAUAGUAUUGUUUUUGCGAGCUACAGCAACAUCUGCGGUGCCGCUCCCCUGGACGUGAGCGGUUGGAUCACCGGGUUCUUCUACUGGGAUGAGCAAGGGCAGCCGUGGGGGAGAGGGGGACGGUCGGUGGUCCAGUUGGAUGGGGUUGACUACUGGAGUCAGGAUAUUACCCGGCUUCCCGUCGGGUAUGCCAGGGCGCCGUUUAUCAUGAGGGAUUUUGGGGGAAAGGAUCGGUUUGAGGCUUAUGUUGCGGCGGGUAACUUAGGGAAAAAAGUGAUGGAGGGGUGGCCGGUGGGGUACGAGGCUGCGCUGGAGAGGUCAACCGGGGCGAAGGUGGAUAGGGAGAGGUUGAAGACGCAGAGGGGGGGUCAUGCUACGCUGAGGCCGCUGUCGGCUUGGAUGCUUUAUGGACCGUUGGCGCAUAACGCGACGAAGACGUACAAGGCUGCGGAGGCGGAGUUGGGGUUGUUGGCGAGCAGGACGAAGGCGAAUCUUGGGGAUACUUGUGCGAAGCCUCAGUAG